AUGCUUGCCGGUCUCACUUCCGACUUUGAUGCCUACUUUGAAGAUGUACUAACUUCGCUUUACGGUUCUCUGAGCUGCGAUCUAGAUUUAGUCAAGUCUCACUUCACCAGAAUUCAAGCAGCUUUUUUGAUUCAUGACGAUAUUAUUGAUGAUUCACCCAUGCGAAGAGGAAAAGUGUCUUGGGGUCUACUUCAGCAAAGAGAAGGACAUGGUUUGAUAGGGAUCAACGAUGGGCUUCAUUUAUACAUGUCUGCUCAGCAGCUUCUCAUGGCUAGUUUCAAAUCGCGGCCUCAUCCUAGGAGUCUUGAGAUUUUGAAACUUUUUUGUGAUUGUGCUAAUUACACCUGUAUUGGACAGGCAUUAGAUAUUCUCACAAGUGAUCAAAUGCGACCCGUCGAUUCAGGUGGCGUGUCUCUCUGCACGAGGUUGACCUCCAACGGCGACCGCUUAAGAGAUGCUACCGUUAGCCGAUCCACUUCAAUUGCGAAGUGGAAAACAAGUUAUUAUAGCUUCGUCCUUCCUGUUGUUGCGGGUAUGCUACUGGCGGACGUGAAAAGCGACGUUUUGUUUUCGAAUGCGGAAAAGAUUCUUCUCAAAAUUGGCGAAUAUUUUCAGGUGCAAGAUGAUUUUUUGGAUGUUUUCGGAGACGAAAAGGUGACUGGAAAGGUGGGCACUGACAUUCAGGAAGGCAAAUGCAGCUGGCUGAUCGCCACGGCUUUGGAUAAAGCUUCUAGUGAACAACGAGACGUACUUUGCAGGAACUAUGGAUUGAAAGAUCCAGGCUGUGUGAAUGCCGUUCGAGAUAUUUUUUAUGAGCUCGAUUUGCCAAUUCUUUAUUCCGUGUAUGAGGAUCAAGCUCGAAAAGAUAUUUUCGAGACCAUUGAGUCGGUGAGCACGGACAAGACUGAAGACUUUACUGGUCCGGCAGCAACAAAAUUACCAAGACAACUCUUCGCUGAAAUUUUGAACAUUUUAUGUCAUCGCGAAAAGUGA